AUGGCGCAAGACGGCAAGGAGAGCUUUGUCCUGGAGGCCGAGCAGCUCGAGGAGCUCAUCCGCAGCGGCGUCAAGAAUGUGGGCGGCGCCGGAGGGAGCCCCAGGGCCCUGGGCAUCUGCUCCAGCCCUGCGGCUAUCCUGUGCAGCUUCGUCGGCCGCAGGACCCUGGAGGAGGUCCUGGAGAACUCGACGCUCUCCGACGACGAGCUGCUGCGCCUGAGCCUCCGCCUGUGCGUGGCCGUGCAGGAGGUGCACGAACGGGGCUACAUUCACAACGACCUGAUGGACGACAACGUGGUCGUGGACGCGGCCACAGGGCGCGUCAGCAUCAUCGACUUCGGCAACGCCUGCCGCCCUGGCCGGGACGUCGGCUACAGCGCCAGCUCCAACGACAACCUGGCGCCCGACAACCUGGGCGGCGGCCCGAGCACCGUGGCCUCCGACGUGUUCUCGGUGGGCUACCUGCUGGGGCAGAUCCUCGGCGAGAUGGCGCGGCCCCCCGGGACGCUGGGGCGGCUGGCGCGCGAGAUGCAGAGCGCAGACCCCCGCCGGAGGCCCGCCCUGCGCGCCGCCAUCCAGCGCCUCGACGCCUGCUACCUCCUCGGGGACGACAGCGAGAGCGAGAGCGAGGCCGAGUGUGAGAGCCAAGCGGCGCCCAAGAAGCGCAGCGCCGAGGGCGUGCUCCUCAGCGAAGCGAAGCGCCAGCGCUGCGAGUGA